UGUGUGUUUCACGGACACAUUCAGGGGCACGGCACGUGACGGCGGUCGUCACUCGUUUCGGCACUGCGAAGGACAUCGGUUCGGGUUCAUCCCGGUGCUGGUUUUUUUUUCGAAAGUUUAAUGUUUUCAUUGCCUGAAACAGGCUAACCCGAUUGGACAAAAAGUGGUGAAAGUUUUCGAGAGAACGUGUUCAAAUCGGAGAACAAUUUAUUGUCCAUUUGGUGAAAGGAGUAAAAUUGCGAUGGCACCCAAUAUAAGUACUCCUGUUAUACUGGGAUUGAUUAUAGUCGCUUGUCUGUGUACAACGACAGCUGCUAUUGACAUUCCCGAUUAUUGUGACCAACAUACGACCAUAACAAGCCAGUAUGAAGACUACUUCGAUAUCGAUACCAUGGGUAACAACCGUACCGAAAAGAACAUUGUAGACUUCAUACUCUACGUACAACUGUCGAACAAGCAGGAGGAAAUCGCGCUGUUGCUGUCCGCAAAGAACCGCUCACGGCAGCAUCCGGAUUACGAAAAAACGUACGAGAUACGUGUUAGCAAUGUGUACACCGUGAUCUACAAGGAAACCCUUCGUAUGUCCGCCCACCACAGUCACUCGUUUAACUUCUUCCCGGCCGAACACUUCCAGCUGCAUAUCAAGAUCACCCGCAAAGGUCUCAUCACGGUACAAAUCGAUGGUCUCGCGAAGCCGAUACUCUCCGUGGUGGACGAACAUGAAGCGAUCGAUGUGCACUACAUUAGCUUCGGCUCGCGUAUGAACGCUUAUCCGAUCACUUGGUACUUCAACUGUCGGGAACCUCCCGUCACGGUGAAAUCUCUACCCGCGGAACCCUCGGAGCACGAAGGCGAAGGACACUUCAGUCAGAAUGACGACGCCGAGCUGGAUGACAACAAGUGUCCCGUCUGUCCGAAGCCGGCGAAGUGUGAAGUUGUGGUUCGCGCUUGUUCGGACACUUCCCAGGAUCUGCUGCAGAUGAGUGACGCCGAGAAGCAGAAGUACUUCUUCUAUUUCAACGUGUAUCUCAGCAAGAACGGCAAAAAUGGCAAGGCCAUCGCGUCGGAGUUCAACAACAACGAUAUGAGUAAUAAGGCGGAUUAAUGCGAUCCGCCGAACCCCGAGAUCAACGAUUGGUACAUAUCGAAAGUGAAAACGGCAUAUCCAAAUGGCAAUGAAUUCUUCCAGUUUUCUCGUUCCAACUUAAGCGUAGUGUAGACUAAAAUUGUUCGAUUUCAAGAAAUAGUUUUGAGUAGGAGAUUUGAAUCUGAAAAUAGUCUCUUUUCCAUUUUUUCUCGUGCAAUUUGUAAGUAGCAAGUUUCCUAUCUCAGAAAAAAAAUAAACCAUGACAAUAAUAAACAAUGGCAAUAAUUCAUGUGUUUUUCCCAUUUGAA